AUGCCUCCAAAAUUCGAUCCUAGUGAGGUUAAAUUCCUUUACUUAAGAGCCGUCGGUGGUGAAGUCGGUGCUUCUUCCGCUUUAGCUCCUAAGAUUGGUCCAUUGGGUUUGUCCCCAAAGAAGGUUGGUGAAGAUAUUGCCAAGGCCACCAAGAACUUCAAGGGUAUCAAGGUUACUGUUCAAUUGAGAAUUCAAAACAGACAAGCCACUGCCUCUGUUGUUCCAUCUGCUUCUUCUUUAGUCAUUACUGCCUUGAAGGAAGCCCCAAGAGACAGAAAGAAGGAAAAGAACGUCAAGCACAACGGUAACAUUCCAUUGGAAGAAAUCUUUGAAAUUGCCAGAACCAUGAAGGAAAAGUCCUUCGGUAAGAACUUGGCCUCUGUCACCAAGGAAAUCUUGGGUACUGCCCAAUCCGUUGGAUGCCGUGUCGAAGGAAAGAACCCUCAUGACAUCAUCGAAGCCAUCAACGAUGGUGAAAUUGAUGUUCCAGAAAACUAA